AUGACUUCCCUCCAACCGCUAGCCCCGAAAGAUGCUUCACCAAUAAAACGCAACACGAUUAACCAAAGACGCUGUCGUGCCCGACGCCAGGAUUACAUUGAGGACCUAAAGCGCCGGCUACGUACUUACGAGACUCAAGCCAUCCAAGCUACUGCAGAAGUGCAGGCGGCAGCCCGGAAUGUCGCUGACGAGAACCAUGCCUUGAAAGAGGAGGUCAAGGCUUUGAGGAAGCAGAAUGAGGCGUUGCAGACGUCCUGGGAGGAGCGUUUCAGAAGCCUGACGCAGAAAGCCGCCGAGGAGGACCGUGCCUUGAGAGAGGAAAUCAAAGCUUUGAGAGAGCAGAAUAAGUUGUUGCAAAGGUCCUGUUCUCAGCCCUAUAGUAGUGCGACGCGGAACCAGGACAAAGUGGAAGGCCCUAUCGUCGCUGAUAGACAACAGAAAGAGAGACAGCCCGGAGCAAGAAAGCGCCGGGUGUUUGACGGGAAGGUAUUUGAGACGGGUAUUCCUUUCACGGCGUUGCCGGCACUACCUCAUCAAGAUCACGAGACGCACGCGGGGCCUACCAGUAUGAAAAUCCCCGUUUCGAUGACAUCCAGGUUUCGGAUUCCACCGCGAAACCUGUCCAGACCGCCUCCGAACACACUCCAAUCUCAUGACGUUGCUCUCACAGAUGACCAUGCUCAAGAAGAAGACAUUCUGGCUUCACCCGAUGAAGAAGACGGCUCUUCCACUCUCAUGCCGUCCCCUCCGUUUUCGAAUUUCGCGACCUCAGAUCCUGACGACCUAGCUUCAACACCUCAUCCUCCCUAUUCACCUCCAUCUCCAGCCAUCUCUCCCUUCCAAUCCAAGUCAAGACUCUGCGGGCCCGCCCGCACGGCGAACAGCACGCCCUGCCUCGAAGCCGCCCUCAUCAUCGCCAGUAUGCGGGGCGUGCCCGCCCACGAUAUUACAGUGGAGACGGAAAUUCUCCCUGAACUUGGUUGCCAUGGCCCUCUUUCGCGGCCGAAAUGUAUAUCGCCCAAAGACUGCAGGGGACACGGGCCUGGCCACGGGCAAAGCCAGCCUGGGUCUGGAGGUAUCGACACCAUUAGCGAGGGUUUGAGUGCGGGCAACGGAAGCGAAGCAGAAAUGGGACCCUCUAUCUGUGCGGUCGAUAAUAGGAAAUUAUUUGGGAUUCUGGCGCGGGAGGGGUAA